GGCGCCGGGAGUCCUCGCCAUCAACCUUCGGCUGCGUCUCCGUCUGCCUCCCAGAGACCAUGGCCGAGUCCCCGCGCGCCCCGCUGCUCUUGCUGGCCGCCCUGGCCCUGGCCCUGGCCCUGGCCGUGAGCCCCGCGGCCGGGCAGACCUCCAAACGGAACCGCUUGGUGGGCGGCCUGAUGGACGCGGAGGUCAACGAGGAGGGCGUGCAGAAGGCGCUGUCCUUCGCCCUCAGCGAGUACAACAAGGCGAGCAACGACGCCUUCCACAGCCGCGUGAUGCGUGUGGUGCGCGUCCGCAAGCAGGUCGUGGCCGGGAUGAAGUACUUCUUGGAAGUGGAGAUUGGCAGAACCACAUGCACCAAGUCCCAGCCCAACUUGGCCAGCUGUCCCUUCCACGAUGAGCCGCACUUGCAGAGGAAGAUGCUCUGCUCCUUCCAGGUGCACACCGUCCCCUGGCUGGGCGUCGUCUCCAUGGGGAAGUCCAGCUGUCAGGCUGAGUAGGGGCCAGGCGGCAGGCGGGCUCGCUGACCGCCUCUCACGCACGUCCCCCCACGGAGCACCCGCGCUUCAGAUGGGCGGCCUGCCUGGGGGACGUCCCCUCCGUGCGUCGGCCCCAGCGACACAGAGGGUUUCUCAGCACUCUUUGAGCUGCUCAGCGGCUCUAAGGCACCUCUUCUGCUUUCCCAGUGCGCCGGGUGUGCGUGUUCUGUAUUCUGCUCGAUUAAACGGUCACAGCAGCUGC